CAAACCAUUCCUUAUACUUCGUUAUUGGCAAACACAAGAAAAUCAAAGCAGAAUGGGCUCUCUGAGAUUAGAAAAGCCUCAUGCUGUUUGCAUUCCAUAUCCUGCUCAGGGUCACAUUAACCCCAUGCUCAAGCUAGCCAAGCUGCUGCACCACAGGGGCUUCCACAUCACCUUCGUCAAUACCGAGUUCAACCACAAACGCCUCCUCAAAUCUAGAGGCUCUGACUCUCUCAAUGGUCUCCCGUCGUUUCGUUUCGACACCAUCCCUGAUGGGCUUCCUCCCACCGACGUUGACGCUACCCAAGACAUACCUUCUUUGUGUGAGUCCACUAGAAGAACUUGCCUUGCUCCCUUCAAAGAACUCCUUUGCAAGCUCAACGAUCCCUCCUCGGAUAAUCCGCCAGUGAGUUGCAUAGUUUCAGAUGGAGUCAUGAGCUUCACCCUCGAUGCAGCCCAAGAGCUUGGCCUUCCCGAAGUUCUGUUUUGGACUACCAGCGCAUGUGGCUUCUUGGGUUAUCUCCAUUUCCGCCAUUUAAUUGAACAGGGCUAUACUCCUCUCAAAGACGAAAGUUAUUUAACAAAUGGGUAUUUGGACACUCAUGAUAGAAGGAACCCAGAUCUUGAUCUCCUUCCUUGCACCACCAAGCCUCACUCGAAGAAGAGACCCAACUGUCACAUGAGUUUCACUAGUCAACCAAGUUUGGUUGCCAUGGAGAAGAGACAAGGAAAGGAGAUAGAAAGAGAAGUGCUUGAGGAAGAAGAAGAUUGGGUGAUUGAAAUCAAAGGGCUUUAUUUUGUUCGGAUGGGAAGAAAAGGAAAGUUGUUGAAGGAUUUGCCUUCAUUUUUGAGGACAACUGACCCAAAUUUCUUCAUGAUAGAUUUUAUUUUGGGCGAGACAGAGAGAGCUAAGAGGGCCUCUGCAAUAGUUUUGAAUACAUUUGAUGCCUUAGAAAAUGGGGCCCUAAGUGCUUUAUCUUCAAUGUUGCCCCCUGUUUUCGCCGUUGGUCCACUGCCACUUCUUUUGAAUCAGGUCCAUGACAACGACCUGGAGCAAAUUGGAUCAAAUUUAUGGAGGGAAGAGCCAGAGUGUCUUCGAUGGUUAGACUCGAAAGAGCCCAACUCUGUAGUCUAUGUGAAUUUUGGGAGCAUUACGGUUAUGACAUCCAAUCAACUGAUUGAAUUUGCAUGGGGGCUUGCAAAUAGCAAUCAGACAUUUUUGUGGAUCAUCAGGCCUGAUUUGGUCGUCGGUGACGCUGCAAUUUUACUGCCGGAGUUUGUGGCAAAGACCAAAAAUAGGGGCUUGUUGUCAACUUGGUGCGCACAGGAGCAAGUUCUGAGCCACCCUGCCAUCGGAGGAUUCUUGACACAUAGUGGGUGGAAUUCGACCCUGGAAAGUAUAUCUGCCGGGGUUCCGAUGAUUUGCUGGCCAUUUUUUGCCGAGCAACAGACCAAUUGUCGGUUCUGUUGCACAGAGUGGGAGAUUGGUAUGGAAAUAAAUAGUGAUGUUAAGAGAGAUGAAGUGGAGAGACUUGUGAGAGAAUUGAUGGAGGAGGAGAAAGGCAGAGAGAUGAAGAAGAAAGCUCUGGAAUGGAAGAGGAUGGCGGAAGCCGCCGCCGCGAGCCCUUCAGGAUCAUCGGCCAUGAAUCUUGACAAAGUUAUCAACGAAGUGCUCUUGUAUCCAUGAGAUUGGGAGUACGCAUAACUUAUUAGGCAUAUGCCAUUUGCAAUUAUUGUCUUUUGUUUUGAAUUGCUUUUCUUUUCUUUUUUUUUUUUUCUUUUUUAAUUUGUGCGUGUAAGUUUUACUUAUAUUAUUUAUUGUGUAGUAAUGUGAGCUAAAUGAAUAAUUGGAAAUGAA